UUACACAAAGACAAUACGCCAAAACAUACCUAACCAAACUUUGAAGCAGAAAGAAGAAACCCAGAAACCCAAAAUGCAAUUUGCAGAAAACUCAAUCCUCUUUCUCUCUAUUAAUCAACCAUAUUUCUCAACACAAUCUCAUUUUCCCACUUCUCUCUGUCAAACAAGCAAACAAAAACUAGCUUUGAGAUGGACAUCAAUGGCGGAAUGAUAGUAGACUGUAGAAUCUGUCAUGAUGAGGAUGAAGAAAGAACUAUGGAAACACCCUGUUCUUGUCGUGGCACUUUGAAGUUUGCUCACCGCAGAUGCGUCCAGAGAUGGUGCAACGAGAAAGGUAAUACAAUCUGCGAAAUCUGUUACCAGCCAUUCCAACCAGGUUAUAGAUCCCCACCACCUCUGUUUCACUUUGGAGGUGUCCAGAUAAACAAUUUCAGAAUGCACGAUGAUGACGGUCCAAGAAACUUGAUAUGCUGUCGGAUAGUUGCUAUAACUUUCAUGUUUCUUCUGAUGUUAAGGCAUACUUUACCAUUCAUAGUCGACGACAAUGAUUACUCUUUCAGCUUAUUCACGUUACUAACGCUGAGAAGUGUUGCGGUCAUCUUACAAACUUUCUCGUUGUUUAGAGCAUUUAGCGUAUUCCAACUUCAUAGACGACAGCAGGAAAAUUAUAACUUUACUGAAGAUGAUCGAGAAUCAGACUUGCAGCACAGGCAACGGGUUAUUUGGAUUCAGUAGUGUUUCUUCUUCAGCGUGGAGAUCAAACAUUUGUCGAAUUUGUAUUUAUGAAC